CUUCACUCACAAUCCUGAGUUAUAUCAACGUGCCAGCUACCAGAUAUGCCAUUUCCAUUUCAUGGGCACCCAUUCUUGCCUUCGUAGUGGCACUAGAAGGCCAAUGCAACGUUUCAAGAUCGCCCUCUUGCCGUUCCUAUCCGCCUCUACUUCCUGCCGUUCUGCUUUUCACCUGGACUUUCAACCUCUCAUGUUCCCAUUCGGUGCCGCCUGAUGCCCAUGUCGACUCCAUGUCCCGAGUCCUCCAGGCAACCUUGUGUAAUCCUCGGGGCCUUGAUUCUGGAAGCCAAUUCGGGCCCGGUACCUUGCCUUCACAACCAGGAGUACAAGACAAUUUCCGUUGGGGACACAGGACAAGAAGGUAGCCUGUUUUCCUACUUCUUUCCGAUGUUCCCUCAGUCUCUUCGUUCUUUUCUCCUAUUCAUUCAUUCUUUUCAGAAAAAGUCCGUCCUCUCAUUAGCUUCGUCCUUUUAAGCACAGUCGAAACACCAUGAUGAUCUCUGCUUGGUGGUGGGCUCUUGCCUGCUACAUCUCUGCCGUAGAAGGCCGGGUAACCAGUCAUCUUUACCGGCAGCUCAACAGCAAUGCUCCCCCAGGCAUCACAUACACGCUGCCCAAAGGCUCCAAUGCUCUGAUUUCUGUCAAGAGCACCACCUCUUCAUCAAAGCCAUACAUCCAGAAGCUUGAGCCAAUCCGGAGCGGUUCUCUCACCAACAAACGAUCUGUGGCCGCCCUCUUGGGCACCCAUCAACGCAGUGUCGGAGGUGUUGGCUACAGCAAUGUUACGACAACAAAUGCUUAUGGAACACAAUACGCCACCGAAUCCUUUUGGGAUGGUAUCAAGGUCAAGCUCCUCCUCGACACUGGCAGCUCCGACACAUGGGCCGUGGCCAAAAGCUUUCAAUGCAUCGACUAUGCCGGCGGGUUUAUUCCCCAGGAUGCUUGCAGCUUCGGACCCUCUGCUGUCGAAAAGUUCCAGUAUGGUCGGACUGAGCCUGUCUCCCACAUGUACAUCCAAUACGGUGACGGCGAGACUGUGUCGGGGCCCAUGGGAUUCUCGGAUAUCAGUGUCGGUAACCUCACUGUUAACAGGCAGCAGGUUUGUUUGGCGAAUAGCACAUACUGGCUCGGCAACAAUGUUACCAGUGGGCUGCUGGGUAUGGCGUUUCCUUCCUUGACCAAUGCCUACCUCGGUGAUGGCGACGAUCACGAGAUGGGGAGUGCCAUUCAAUACUCGCCGUUCUUUACUUCGUUGGUAGAACAGGGAAAGAUUGAUCCCAUUUUCAGUCUCACGAUCGACCGCAACUCUUCGUCGGGGAUUCUGGCUCUGGGGGGUAUCGCGCCUGCCACUGGGCUGGAUUUCACCAGGGAGGUGUCUAUGGACAUGAUCAUUACAAACCUUAUCGGAGUUCCGGCAGCAUCCUAUUCGUAUUCCUUCUACACAAUCAUUCCUGACGGCUGGUACUAUGACCACACCACCAGCACCAAGAAGAUCCCGUACAUUGUUGACAGUGGGACCACAUUGUGCUAUCUCCCUCCUAAUCUUGCCGAAGCCAUCAAUUCCGCCUACUCCCCUCCGGCCGUCUACAUGUGGAUGUACGGUGCUUAUUUCACCGACUGCAACGCAGUUUCGCCCCUGGUCGCCGUCAUUCUUAACGGCAUCAAGUACUGGAUCAAUCCGCAGGAUAUGAUUUAUCGGAACAUGGUUGACCCCAUCUCUGGCCUGUGCAUGACGGGAAUCGCCAGUGGUGGUGCCGGGCCAUAUAUCCUGGGUGAUGUGUUUAUGCAGAACGCCCUCUCCAUUUUCGAUAUUGGACAGGCCAAAAUGAGGUUUGUCCCGAGAGAUAAGUACUGA